AUGGUAAAUCUUUCAUAUUGGGAUGCCAUAACUGAAAUGGAUGAACACAAUCGUCCCAUUCAUACUUACCAGGUAUGUAAUGUGAUGGAACCAAACCAAAACAACUGGCUUCGAACAAACUGGAUCUCCCGUGAUGCUGCACAGAAAAUUUAUGUGGAAAUGAAGUUUACCCUGAGGGACUGCAACAGUAUUCCAUGGGUACUGGGAACCUGCAAGGAAACUUUCAAUCUCUACUACAUGGAGUCAGAUGAGUCUCAUGGAGUAAAAUUCAAGCCUAACCAGUACACAAAAAUUGAUACUAUUGCAGCUGAUGAGAGCUUUACCCAGAUGGACUUGGGCGACCGCAUUCUUAAACUCAACACAGAAGUUCGUGAGGUUGGGCCAAUAAACAAGAAAGGAUUUUAUCUUUCUUUUCAGGACAUUGGAGCAUGCAUUGCUUUGGUCUCAGUCCGUGUUUAUUACAAAAAGUGCCCUUUCACGGUCCGUAAUUUGGCUAUGUUUCCUGAUACUAUUCCAAGGGUUGAUUCUUCCUCUUUGGUGGAAGUACGGGGCUCCUGUGUGAAGAGCGCUGAGGAACGUGAUACUCCAAAAUUGUAUUGUGGAGCAGAUGGGGAUUGGCUUGUACCUCUUGGACGAUGCAUCUGCAGCGUAGGGUAUGAAGAAGUGGAUGGCUCCUGCCAUGCUUGCAGGCCUGGAUUCUAUAAGGCAUUUGCUGGAAAUGUAAAGUGCUCCAAGUGCCCACCACACAGCUUGACUUAUGUAGAAGCAACUUCUGUCUGUCAAUGUGAGAAAGGUUACUUCAGAGCUGAGAAGGACCCACCAACUAUGGCAUGUACCCGGCCACCUUCUGCUCCAAGGAAUGUGAUUUUCAACAUUAAUGAAACAGCUCUCAUGUUGGAAUGGAGCCCCCCAAGUGAUACCGGAGGAAGAAAAGAUCUCACUUACAGUGUCAUCUGUAAGAAAUGUGGGUCGGAUGCCAGCCAGUGUGAAAUUUGUGGGGGAGGUAUCCGUUUCAUCCCCAGGCACACAGGUCUCAUCAACUCCUCUGUGACAGUGAUGGACUUUGUGUCGCACGUGAACUACACCUUCGAAAUAGAAGCCACAAAUGGAGUCUCGGAGCUGAGUUUCUCUCCCAAGCAGUUCACAGCUAUCACAGUUACCACAGAUCAAGAUGCACCCUCCUUGAUAGGUAUGGUAAGGAAGGACUGGGCUUCCCAAAACAGCAUUGCUCUCUCCUGGCAAGAGCCGGACUUUCCCCAUGGAGCCAUUCUGGACUACGAGAUCAAGUACUAUGAGAAAGUCUACCCACGGAUAGCGCCGGCAUUUUGGCACUACCUGCGGGUAGAAGAGCAUGAGCAGCUCAGCUAUUCCUCCACAAGGUCCAAGGCUCCAAGUGUUAUCGUCACAGGUCUCAAGCCAGCCACCAAGUAUAUAUUUCAUAUCAGAGUCAGGACGGCAGCAGGAUACAGCGGCUAUAGCCAGAAGUUUGAAUUUGAAACUGGAGAUGAAACUUCUGAAAUGGCUGCAGAGCAGGGACAGGUUCUUGUAAUUGCCACUGCUGCUGUUGGAGGAUUCACUCUCCUGGUCAUCCUCACUCUGUUCUUCCUGAUCACCGGGAGAUGCCAGUGGUACAUAAAGGCCAAAAUGAAAUCUGAAGAGAAAAGAAGGACUCAGUUGCAAAAUGGAGAUUUACGUUUCCCGGGAAUCAAAACAUAUAUUGAUCCAGACACAUAUGAAGAUCCAUCUCUUGCUGUCCAUGAGUUUGCAAAGGAGAUAGACCCUUCAAGAAUUCGUAUUGAGAGAGUUAUUGGGGCAGGCGAGUUUGGAGAAGUAUGCAGUGGACGUCUGAAGACACCAGGAAAAAGAGAGAUACCUGUUGCAAUUAAAACUCUAAAAGGCGGCUAUGUGGAUAGGCAGAGAAGAGAUUUCCUGAGAGAGGCUAGUAUCAUGGGACAAUUUGAUCACCCAAAUAUAAUUCGCCUUGAAGGAGUUGUUACAAAAAGCAGACCAGUAAUGAUUGUAGUUGAAUACAUGGAGAAUGGAUCCCUCGACUCCUUUCUGCGGAAGCAUGAUGGCCACUUCACAGUCAUCCAGCUGGUUGGCAUGCUGCGGGGGAUUGCAUCUGGCAUGAAGUACCUCUCAGACAUGGGCUAUGUGCACCGUGACCUGGCAGCCCGUAAUAUCUUGGUCAACAGUAACCUCAUGUGUAAAGUCUCUGAUUUUGGUUUGUCACGAGUGUUAGAGGAUGAUCCUGAAGCUGCUUACACAACAAGCGGUGGAAAAAUCCCCAUAAGGUGGACUGCUCCUGAAGCUAUAGCUUACCGGAAGUUCUCAUCAGCCAGCGACGCGUGGAGCUACGGGAUUGUAAUGUGGGAGGUGAUGUCCUAUGGUGAGAGACCAUACUGGGAGAUGUCCAACCAGGAUGUUAUACUGUCUAUUGAAGAAGGCUACAGGCUUCCAGCUCCUAUGGGCUGCCCAGCUUCCCUUCACCAACUAAUGCUUCACUGCUGGCAAAAGGAGAGGAACCACCGUCCAAAAUUUAGUGACAUUGUCAGCUUCUUAGACAAACUCAUCCGCAAUCCAAGCACCCUUCAUAACCUAGUGGAGGAUGUACUUGUAAUGCCAGAUUCACCUGGUGAAGUUGCAGAAUAUCCUUUGUUUGUUUCAGUCAGUGACUGGCUGGACUCCAUAAAAAUGGGUCAGUAUAAAAAUAACUUCAUGGCAGCAGGUUUCACAACUUUGGAUAUGGUUUCCAGAAUGAGUAUUGAUGACAUUAGAAGAAUUGGAGUUGUACUCAUUGGACACCAGAGACGAAUAGUCAGCAGUUUACAGACUUUGCGGUUACACAUGAUGCACAUACAGGAGAAAGGAUUUCAUGUAUAA